CCAAAAGAAGGUUCAAGAAUCAGAGACCCAUUCAUUCACACUCAGGAGUCCCAUAAAACCUCUAAACUGAAAGUCAUAAUGUAUAGCCGAGGACCUGGCUCAGACCUGCGCAGGCCUUGGAAAUGCUGCUUCAGUGUCUUCAGUGAAUUAAGCAAAAAAUCAUGGAAUCAGCAAUACUUUUCCCUGGCAUUUCCCAAACCACCAAGGCCAGGAAAGAAACGGAGAUCACUACCUUCCCAAUUAAGCAACAAUACAGCUCCUGUAAUCGAUGAACAAAAGUUAUCAAUUCACAGACCACCAUUGUGGAUGCACCGUUCACUGAUGAGAAUUCCCGAGAGACCAUCCGUUUAUUUAGCUGCAAGGAAGGGCCUUCCACUGAAACGACCUCAUUCUGGCAAGAAAGAGUCUAAAGAAGCAGCCCCACCUUCGGAAAAACCAAAGAAAGAAGAGAAAGUGAAAAAAGGUGAAUCUGAAUCAAAGGAGAAGACUGUGUUGAAGAUAGUCAAGGAAGAAAGUCCCAAACCAGUGGCCACGAAAAGUUCUAAGGAUUCCCGGAAAUCAGUUUCAGACUCCGAAGGGGAAAAGGCUGCUGGGAAGAAAGAAGCCAAAAAAGAUAAAAAGGAACCGAAGGAUAAAAGCUCAGCUUCAGAAUCUGAAGGUGAAAAGGCUGCUGGGAAGAAAGAAGCCAAAAAAGAUAAAAAGGAACCAAAGGAUAAAAGCUCAGCUUCAGAAUCUGAAGGUGAAAAGGCUGCUGGGAAGAAAGAAGCCAAAAAAGAUAAAAAGGCAUCAAAGGAUAAAGGUAUAGCCUCGGAAUCCGAAGGUGAAAAGGCUGCUGGGAAGAAAGAAGCCAAAAAAGAUAAAAAGGAACCAAAGGAUAAAAGCUCAGCUUCAGAAUCCGAAGGUGAAAAGGCUGCUGGGAAGAAAGAAGCCAAAAAAGGAAAAAAGGCAUCAAAGGAUAAAGGUGUAGCCUCGGAAUCUGAAGGUGAAAAGGCUGGUGGGAAAAAAGAGGCCAAAAAAGGUAAAAAGGAAGCGAAGGAUUCAAAAGGUACACCUGCAGAUUCAGAACCUGACAAGGCUGCUGAAAAGAAAGUAAGCAAAGUUGCUACAAAGUCUUCAAAGAAUAAAGAUGCUGCAGAUUCUGACACUGAUAAAGGAGUUUCAAAGAAAGAGAGCAAGAAAGACUUGGCCAAGAAGAAGGAAGGUAAAAAGGAGAAGAAGGCAGAGGGAGACUCAAAGGAGGAUGCUAAGAAAGACAAGAAGAAAGACAAGAAGGACAAGAAAGGCAAGAAAGACUCUGCAGGUGAUUCCUCUGAAUCAAAGAAGGAUGAAAAGAAGGCAAAGAAAGAGAAGAAGGCAAAGUAGGUCUUGGAUUAGAACUCAAACUGAAGAAAGAACUCCAAAGUAUAUUCAGUGAACCCACUUCAGUAGUCUUAAAAUGAGCUCAUGAGAUAAGUAGUGUGCAGCAAAUUAAUCAAAUAAUUUUUAAAGAGAACAAAAAACACAAGGUGAAAUGAAAAUAUAGUUGUGGCAUUAAAAAUAAAAUAUCAAAAAAUACAUAGGAUUCAUUGAACGAUGUGGAAGAUGCCUCUUCUAAAAUUGUAGCUAUGGAGUUUUAGAAGUAAAAUCACUAGAGAGAACAAAGAAUAUGCAAAUAAGAAUAAUGCAGAAAAUAAUGAUAGGGAAACAUACAAAAAAUACCAAUGUUCAGCAAGGACUCUGAAAAUAAAAUAAAAAAAAAUAAAAAAAGGAAACUCCAAGAAGGCUUGAUACUUCUCUAGAUUUGAUUAUAUGAAGCUGAGCUUGUACACUUAAAGGAGCCCAAUGGCCAAGAGAAUCAAAGCAAUGAUAGAAAAUAGAAUUUGAAUUGAAUUUUCCAAGAUGGCUUUAGGAAGAAAACACAGAGAAGGAAGUGAGGGAAAGGAGUAAGGAAGACAGGAAGAGAAAGUUGUAAGAAAAGAUAAGAGGAAAAAAGGACCAUCAUUAUAGGGAGAAGAGAAAGAAAACCUUGAGUUUUAAAGGCCAUCUGAGUUUAAAGUGACCACAAGAUUGAGACACUUAUAAUCCCUGAUGAACAUUCUUGGCAUCUUCAAACCAAAAGGACCACAAACGAAACUUGAUAUCCCCACCAGAGACUAUUGCUUCCCAAAUCUUGAUGCUACAAUCCUAAGCUAGGGCCUCUCCUGAAGCUGAAUGUGAAAAGGAAAGAAGAUGCUAAAAUGAAAGACAUAUCACCAGCUCUGCAAACAAGAAGCAAAAACAACAACCAAAAUUUAAAAAGGUCAUUUUAGAAGUACAACAGAACCCUGGCAAUAGAGACACUGUAAAGUUCAGUUCAAAAUCUAUGGACUACCAUGAAGAUGUGUUCAAUAUCGCCACUGUGGAGGACUGUAACAUCCCAUUCUCUUGAUUAUCUUCAUGUCCAUGAAGUUGCCAGGCAGCUCUAAUUUUGAAAUGAAUGAAUUUUAACAUCAGAUGAGGAUAUCCAUUAAAAACAUCUCUCUAUGGAUAA